CAUCCGUCACUCAGCUCACAGGUCUCUACAGAUGGAUCUCCUCCAGUCGGUGGACCCAACCAAUGCAGGGCUGUCGUCGGCCGAUCCGUACAGGCCGUCGUUCUUCGAGCUGGCGGCUCAGGAGCAGCUGGGGGAUCUGCUCAAGCCUGCGCUGAGGUAUACCCUUGCCGUCCUCGCCCAACGCAAUCCGCGCUACUUGCUCCGAGUCGUCAACCGCUUCGACGAGGUCUACGCACUGAUCAUGUGGGCUAUCGAGAGGCACUACCUCAAGACGUGGGGCUCUUCUUUCGCCGAGAACUUCUACGGCCUCCGCCGGCGAAGACGCCCGGGCAUCACAACGCCUCGAGCCAAGAAAGCGUCCUCCUCGAGGUCGACGCAACAAUCUAUGGAGGCGCUUAGGGGCGUCGACAUCAAUGUCUCGCUCCUCAUGCUCGUUGGGCUUCCAUAUGCCCAAACUAAGCUGCACGAUCUUUGGGAAAGCAUCGGCGGCGGCGUCGAUGCAGGCCCAGAGGGAGGGCUCUUUGGAGAUGACGAGGAGACUGGAGGCCGGGCAGUCUUCCAAGACGGUGGAGGACCGACGUCGAGAAUCGAGAAGCUCCGAACGCUCCUCAAAGUAUGCUUUCGCAAGGGGUAUCCGUACGCGGGCGCAGCGUGGCAGCUAUGGCUGCUGGCCUACAAUGUCGGUUAUCUCUUCGAAAAGACGCCAUUUUGGAGACCAUGGUUCAAGUUGAUGCGAAUGGACAUCCGAAGAGUCGCCAGCGAUGACUAUGCUGCUUCGCCCCCUCUGCUCCCGCCCAAUAUGCCUAAUCCUCUUCGGGAGCCAGCUCGUUUUGCGCUGCAAAUGCUGCGAUCUUCGCCCUUUAUCUUCUUCGAGGCGCUCAAAUACGCACUGCCGGCUUCGAUCUUCUUUUUCAAAUUCCUCGAAUGGUGGUACUCGCCCGACAAUUCCCGGAGGCGGAGAAGAGGCCGAGGAGGCGGCGGAGGCGGCGGUGCGGGGACCGGAGAAGCAGGCGGGUCCGAUGAGAUGUACAAGCUUGAGCCUCCUCGAGUCCUGCCUCCCAACCAGCGAGGAGUCCUCUACAACAAGGCGAGCGACUACAAGGAACCGCACAUUCCGAGAAGCAAGCUCGCGCCCAACUUCGACGAGGAUGGUGACCUUCAGUCGACCAAGGACUCGCUCCUGCACAAUUCCUGCCCGCUUUGCGGUGCUACGCCGAUGAACAACCCGUGCGCCUUGCCGACCGGCUAUGUUUUCUGCUACACAUGCGCCUUCGCUUACGUCGAGGAAAAGGGCAGAUGCCCUGUGACGCUUGCCAAGGUUCAAGGAACCAGUGAAUUGCGGAGAGUGUUGGGCUAAGGUACAAGUCUAGAUGCUACAAGAAGGUGGUGUCUGGAAGAGGACAGCCCUCCCCCGUGGUUGUCGGUGUAUGUUUGCGAGGAUUUCCUAGGACCCUC